CCCUUUCUUUGGCCUAUUUUGAAAAAAAUUAGUAUCCUAUUCAAUUGUUUGCGAACUACCUUAAAGAAAGUUCAUAUGCUUCGAGAAUAAGAAAAGACUGCUUUCAGUUAAUAAUAAUUUAUAAACAAAGAAGAAGGAAGUAUAUAGGCAGGUAAUAAUUCUUCAUCUUGCUAUAUAAAUAAAAUUUCGUCUUUAAAGACUUCGGGAAACAUAAACACAGAAAUAACUAUUGAGAGAUUGUAAGUUGACCAAAGAUGAGAAGACUAAUAUUUUUAAUAUUAGGACUGCCCUAUGUUUUUUCCUUGUAUAAUCUAGCAAAAUUCCCUGCUUCAAAUAAGACAGAUUUGAGAGGAGAAGGAGAUUUAAUUAUUGCCCUUAUGUAUGAGACUCACAUCGUUGGAAAAGUUCGCUGUGGUGGAAAUUUAAACUACGAUAGAGCAGUUACACCUGAGCUGAUGAGACUUCGAAUUAAACACUAUAAUGAUAACAAUAAUAUUUUACCUAAUAUAACGUUAGGAUACGUGUAUUUAGAUACAUGCGGAGGGAUUAACAGUUAUACUUGGCGAUCCAUGGAACUCUUAAAUGAUCUAAAUGGUGCAAGAACUACAAAUGUUGUUGGAAUUGUAGGACCAUAUUCUUCUGAUCAAUCAAUAUCUCUUGCUGGUAUGACAUCAGCAUUAAAUUUACCUACUUUGGGAAUCUAUUCAACGUCCGUUGAAUUAUCAAAUAAGGGGAGAUUUGAAUAUUUCUCGCGUCUUGUACCGUCCGAUGCUUUCGCCACAGAAGCUAUGGCUGAAGUUAUGAAAACGCUUAAGUGGACGUAUAUUCAAAUGUUAUACAUGGAAGGAUCAUUUGGUGAGAAUGCCGCUAAAAAUAUCGAGAAAAAUACAAAAAAAUAUGGGAUAUGCAUUGGUAAUAGCCAAAGAUUUUCAUUUGAUUAUUCCGAUGAUUAUGAUGAAAUUGUCAAAAAAAUAGUUAAGACUAAAAAAGCAAGAAUCUUAGUUGCAUUUCUCAGUCCCCAAAUGAGAACAUUAUUGUUUAAAGCAAUGGAGAGAAAUGCACCAAAUGAAAGAUUUAUAUUUGUAGCGGCUGAUGCUUACGGUAGAGAACCUGGAUAUGAGCAUCUGCAAGAGGGUAGUUUAAUGUUUGUUUAUAAUGGAGGUAAAGACGCUGUUUUUGAAGAAUACUUCAAUAAUCUGAAACCUUCGGAUCCUACUAUAUAUUGGACAAGAAAAGUUUGGGAACAUUAUGGAAAUUGUGAUUUUGAAACCACUUGCCAAAAAUACAAUAAGAUGUCCGAUGUUAAACCAAAUUUAAAAUCUGCUCAAAUUAAAGUUGCAGAUGGUAUAGAUGCCUAUGCUUAUGCUCUUCAUGAUUUGAUAACGAAUGAAUGCCCUGACGCAUUCAAAGAUAAAAGUAUUCUAAGCAAUGGUUGUAUAACUGGAGAAAGAGUUUUAAAAUACCUGAGAAAGCAAAAAUUCACUUCUCUAAGUGGUGUAAAGUACAGUUUUAAUGACAGAGGUGACAUGUUGGGUGAUUAUUUCAUACAAAGAUAUACUUGGAAGAAUAAGCUAUGGGAAUACGAUGUAGUUGGUAAAUAUUCUAAAGUCACAGAAGAGCUCAAUAUGUUUGAAAAUCUGGAAAUAGAGUCAAUUUGUAGCAAACCAUGUCCAAAGAAACAUAUUUAUGUUCAACAAGAUCUAAAGUGUUGCUGGCUUUGUAGAACUUGCCGGGAGAAUGAGAUCCUGGUUAACAAUAAAACAGAAUGCCAGAAAUGUCCAGAAUUUCUAUGGCCAGACUCAGAUGAAGCCUUGACCUGCCACGAUAUAGAAGAUGAAUACGUAAAAUGGCAAGAUCCGUUGGGUCUUCUUUUAUUAAUCCUGUCAAUAAUAGGACUUAUAGGCAAUGUAGUUAUUAUUGUAUUGUAUACCAUCUAUAGGGAAGAAAAGAUUAUAAAGGCGUCGUCCCGACAUUUCUCUGUAAUGAUCAUCUGCGGAAGUACAAUAGGUUAUAUAAGUGUUUUAUUGUUAGUUGCAAAACCAGAGCUGGCGACAUGUCUACUAAAUAGAAUUGGGUUUCACCUUGGUGCAACAUUCAUUUAUGCGCCCCUGUUCAUGAAAACUCAACGAGUAUAUAGAAUUUUUAGGGCUGGAUCAAGGGGUAAACAAAGACCCAGUCUUACCAGCAAUCGAUCUUUAAUGAUUACCACUCUUAUUAUAAUUGGCAUACAAGCUGCCUUGGUCGUUGUCAGUUUAGUAUUGUGGCCUCCUGCCUCGGAAAGAAUACAAAGGAUAGAAAUUGAGAAACGAGUCGAAUUGACUUGUUAUAGUCCUCCAAUUUCGUUAGCUAUACCUGUAGGAUUCAAUGUACUUCUUUUGCUAUGUUGCGUCACAUUAGGAUAUCUAACUAGAAAAUUACCGGAGAAUUUCAAUGAAUCUUGGUAUAUAUUUGUGUCAGUUGCAACAACAAUAUUUCUAUGGAUAGUAUUGUUGCCAACGUACUUUACGAUGUUUUAUGUUUAUUACAAGGUUAUAAUUCUUGGAAUAUGCCUCAUAACUAAUGGAAUUCUUACGUUACUAUGCCUAUUUUUGCCUAAAAUAUAUGCGAUCUUUUUCGUUGACGAUGAAAACAUUGAAAGUAGUAAAGGAUCCAAAAUUGCUCCAAGUUCGGUUAACGAAACGACUAGUUAGAUUUCUUCACAACUUUUAGUCCACAACUUUUAGUGUUUCUAUAUGUUAUAGCACACAUAUUUCAAAUGUUUGUCAGAGAUGUUCAAAAUAAAGAAUUAUUACUUUCAAUUACAAUCCAUGCUGUAUUCUUU